AUGGUCUGGAAUGAUAUUGGGGCGAUGGUCAUGAAAAAUGCGCUGUUCGCCUAUGGACAAUCUGGCUGUGGCAAGUCCUAUUCAGUGGUGGGUGAUCCACCCAAUCUGGGAAUUAUCCCGCGGGCAGUCCAGGCAGUGUAUGAGGUUGUAGAUGGGAACACGAACCCCGAUGUCAGAUACCACGUUGAGAUUGCCAUGCUGGAGGUUUACAUGGACGAGGUGUAUGACCUCUUGGAACCUCGGAAAAAGGACAGGCAGAAGUUGAAUGUGUUCCACAACAAGGGCGAGGUCUUCAUCUAUGACCCGAAAGACCGCAAGAACAUGGACAAGAUUUGGAGAGCAUGCAGCAACCAUGAGAAGGCAGAAUCAUUUCGGAAGAUGGGUGAUGCAAAUCGAUCAAUUCGAGCCACUGGUAUGAAUCCAGAGUCGUCUCGCGGGCAUACGCUCUUCAUUGUCCGAUUCCGGAAGGAGGCCAAAAGAGGCGGCUGGGUGGAAGAAUUCCGUUCAAAACUGUGCCUGGUGGAUUUGGCCGGCAGUGAAAGAGCUCACGACACAGGCUUGACUGGCGUUGGCCUCGAAGAGGGCAUUGCCAUCAAUCAGUCGUUGUCGGCUCUUGGACAAUGCCUGGUGCAGCUCUGCAAGGGUGAGCGGGUCAACUACUCGGACAAGCUCACGCGGCUUUUGUCCGAGAGCUUGGGUGGCAACGCUGUCACGGUGAUGAUUGCAGCCCUGUCUCCAGCUGACAUAAACUACAAUGACACGCUGUCUACGCUUCGAUUCGCUGACAAUGCGAAGAAGAUGCCAGUCAAGGUCAAGAAGCAGCUGGACCCCACUGCUGAGCUCAUUAAGCAGCUGCAGGAAGAGAAUGCCAAGCUUCAGGCACAGCUUACAUCGAUGGGUAGCGAGGAGAUUGAGAAAGAACGCCGCGAGUGGGAGGCUGCGGCAGACGCGAAGGCUGGGCAGAAGGUUGCAGAUUCGCAAAAGGCUCUUGAAGAGAUGAAGGCCAACGCCGAGUCUGACGUACGAGUCCGCCUUGCUCGCGCCAAGACGGGUGCAGUGGAUCUCAACCCCACCGUCGAAGAGCUCGAGGCGAAAGUGCAAGAGCUCGAGUCGCAAAAGGGUGACAGUGAUUCGAAGCUGGAGGAGCUCAACGCAGAGAUCGACCGCCUUCAGGCGAAGAUACAGGAGCUCGGCGGCCCCGAGGCCUGA